CUGUCUCUAGAUUGACUCCCUUAGCUGUAAUAGGUGUUUGGAACCAUGGCGGCAGGUGUAGCAGCUUGGUUACCCUUUGCCAGGGCAGCAGCCAUAGGAUGGAUGCCAGUGGCGACUGGUCCCAUGCCAGCUGCUCCACGGCAGGAGAGAAAGCGAAGCCAGGACUCUCUGAUUGUGCUGAAUGUGAGUGGCAUCCAGUUCCAGACAUGGCUGGACACCUUAGAGCGCUACCCUGACACUCUGCUGGGCAGUUCAGAGCGGGACUUCUUCUACCACCCUGAGACACAGCAGUACUUUUUUGAUCGGGACCCUGACAUUUUCCGCCACAUUCUCAACUUCUACCGUACUGGGAAACUUCAUUAUCCCCGCCAGGAGUGCAUCUCAGCUUAUGAUGAGGAGCUGGCCUUCUUUGGCAUCAUCCCUGAGAUCAUUGGUGACUGCUGUUAUGAGGAGUACAAGGAUCGCCGGCGUGAGAAUGCUGAGCGCCUGCAGGAUGAUGCUGAUACGGAUCAUGUAACUGAGAGCUCCCUACCCUCAAUGACAGCUCGUCAGAGGAUGUGGCGGGCCUUUGAAAACCCACACACCAGUACCCUGGCUCUGGUCUUCUACUAUGUCACUGGUUUCUUCAUUGCCGUCUCUGUUAUUGCCAAUGUGGUGGAGACAGUGCCCUGUGGGGUGAGCCCGGGUCGCAUCAAAGAGCUGCCCUGUGGAGAGCGGUAUGCGGUGGCUUUCUUCUGUCUGGAUACUGCCUGUGUCAUGAUCUUCACAGUUGAGUAUCUCCUACGUCUGCUGGCAGCUCCUAGUCGCUACAAAUUCGUGCGCAGUGUCAUGAGCAUCAUUGAUGUGGUGGCCAUUAUGCCAUAUUACAUUGGCCUGGUGAUGACAGAUAACGAGGAUGUCAGUGGGGCUUUUGUGACAUUAAGAGUCUUUCGUGUCUUCAGGAUCUUUAAGUUUUCCCGCCACUCACAGGGUCUGCGCAUCCUGGGCUAUACGCUGAAAAGUUGUGCCUCGGAGUUAGGCUUCCUCCUCUUCUCACUCACCAUGGCCAUCAUCAUCUUUGCCACAGUCAUGUACUAUGCAGAGAAAGGUUCAUCAGCCAGCAAGUUCACCAGCAUCCCUGCAGCCUUCUGGUACACCAUCGUCACCAUGACAACACUGGGGUAUGGUGACAUGGUGCCAAAGACAAUAGCUGGCAAGAUUUUUGGCUCCAUAUGCUCCCUGAGUGGGGUCUUGGUCAUUGCUCUGCCAGUUCCUGUAAUUGUCUCCAACUUCAGCCGUAUUUACCACCAGAACCAACGAGCGGACAAGCGCAGGGCACAGAAGAAAGCCAGGCUCGCCCGGAUCCGCGCGGCCAAGAGUGGGAGUGCUAAUGCCUACAUGCAGAGCAAACGGAAUGGCUUGCUGAGUAACCAGCUGCAGCAGUCCUCCAAUGAAGAAGAACAGGCCUUUGUUGGCAAAUCUGGCUCUUCCUUUGAAACACAGCACCACCACCUGCUUCACUGCCUGGAAAAAACUACGAACCACGAGUUUGUGGAUGAGCAAGUCUACGAAGAGAGCUGCAUGGAGGUUUCUACAGUGAACAGGCCCCCGAGCCACAGCCCCUCUCUGUCGUCGCAGCAAGGCGUGACCAGCACGUGCUGCUCGCGGAGGCACAAGAAGACGUACCGCAUCCCCAACACCGCCGUCAGCGGCAGCCGCCCCGGCAGCGUGCAGGAGCUCAGCACCAUCCAGAUCAGAUGUGUGGAGAGGACACCCCUGUCCAACAGCCGUUCCAGCUUAAAUGCCAAAGUGGAAGAGUGCGUUAAACUAAACUGUGAGCAGCCUUACGUCACUACAGCAAUAAUCAGCAUCCCAACACCUCCAGUCACCACACCUGAAGGAGAUGAUAGGCCAGACUCUCCCGAGUACUCGGGAGGAAACAUUGUCAGAGUAUCUGCAUUAUAAAACAAAGAAUUAUUUAUAAAUUAGCAUAAAGACCACUUGCAAGCUGAGCUCGAGCAGUGAAAAACGAGUCGUGAGGAAUGAGAGAGCUGACAAAGACAACGCCCCUUGAUGAGUGUGCCAGUGGCCGCAGAGCAAGAGGUUCAGGAGAAACAAACUUUGUGGGGUUUGGUGUCAUAGGGUGUGAACCAAAAGGAGUUUCUUACCCCCUGUCCGAACUGAUGCGCGGUGGAAUCUUCUGUGACCAUCCUGACUU